CAUAAUUGUACAAAUUCUUGUAUUUAUCUAGGCUUGAAAGUAAUAAAUAGCCUAAAACAUGAAGAUUUGCGUGGCAAUUGCUGCGAUUUGCUUUAUGGCAACUGUUGCCAAAACAGAAGUCAGUGAAUCUCAGAUUUUUAUGCAAGAGACAGUGAGAAGUCUUUUUUGCAGAAUUGAUGAUGUCGGACGUGUGCCUUGUUUAAAAGGAAACAUUACUGAAGAAAAAUGCAAAAAGACGCCAGGAUGUUGCUUUUCAAUGGACGGCGAAACCGAUGAAGUAAACUGCUUCAAAAUGAAUUCAAAGAAAAUCGUCCGCCAGGAGGUCGAGGAAAACGAAAUGUACGCUGCCUUCCUCAUUGACGAAGAAGACAGACGCAAGGCUGGGGAUAUUACGGUCGAUUAUUACAUCAACUGCUACUAUGGACAUUACUACACAGGCUGUGACAAAAUGUGCACAUGGUAUCCAUGGGGAGCAUGGAGCGGAUGUGAAGGUAAAUGUGGCGUUGCUCUUCAAAGACGAUUCCGUCGAUGCAAAGGUUGCGUUCCAGGCGAAGGAAACUGUAUCGGUAACUCCGAAGAACACAAACGUUGUUCUCAACCAAUAGGUCAAAUUUGUGGAUACUGGAGUGGAUGGUCUGGUUACAGCACUUGCAGCGCAUCAUGUGGCAAAGGAUACCGUACCAAAACAAGACAAUGCAACGGUGGGGAAUCCGGACAAGACGGAUGUAUUGGCACAACCACUGAAAAGGAAGAGUGCAAUGGAGGAAGCGGAUAUUUCCACAGCUGGAGCCAAUGGUCUGCUUGUUCUGCCAGUUGUGGUGGUGGCGUUAGAGUUAGAACUCAAAUGCAUUCAUGUGGUUAUGCACCAAAUGAAGACCAGGAAACUUGCAACAUCAGAUCAUGUUGUGGAAAACUCGCAUGGUCUUCUUGGAGUCCCUGCAGCGUUACGUGUAACAUGGGAACACAAUCGCGAACAAGAAAAGACAUCUGCCCAUACAUCGGGAUCGAAAAAGAGACCAAAACUUGCCACGCAGGUCCAGGAAAUUAUGGAGCUUGGUCACCAUGGGGAGCUUGCUCUCAGACAUGCGCUGGUGGAUACCAGAGAAGAGCUAAAGUUCACUCUUGUGGAGAAGCUGACCAUUACGAAACACAAUCUUGCGGAUCUGCUGGACACUACCAACAAUGGUCUGAAUGGAGCUCCUGCUCACAGUCAUGCAUCGGCGGUAUCAGAAGUCGCAUGAGAUCUCAUACUUGUGGAAAACCCGUGGAUGUUGAAUCCGCACCAUGUGGAAGUCCAGGAAACUACUACCAAUGGCAAGCUUGGUCGGCCUGUUCAUCUUCUUGUCCCGGUGGCGAAAUGAUCAGAUACAGAUUCCACCAAUGCUCCGGAAUUAAAGAUGCUGAGAAACAACAUUGCGGUCAAGCAGGUGGAUACUCCAACUGGGGAUAUUGGUCAGCAUGCAGUCAAUCUUGCUAUGGCGGAUCCCGCACACGAUUGAGAUACCAAGUUUGUGGUGGACAAGAAGAUGUUGAAUCUGAAAGUUGUGGUGGAGCCGGAGAAUGGGGAGAUUAUUCGCCAUGGAGCACAUGCACUAAACAAUGUGGAACCGGACAACGUUACAGAAGCCGUGUACACUCAUGUCCUAACACGCUCGACGUAUACCCCAUGAUCGCUUACUCCACCAAUGGUGUCGAGAAACAAGAAGAAUCUUGCAACACAAACCCGUGUUGUCAAUACUAUGAAUGGACUGCUUGGUCUGGCUGCACAGUAACUUGUGGACAAGGAACUCAAACAAGAAAAAGGGAAAACAGCUGCCCAGCCAUUGCUAGUAAAAGCGAAACACAAUACUGUUACGCCGGCGAAGGUAUUUACAUGCCCUGGGGACAAUGGAGUGCAUGCUCUCAAUCAUGCCCAGGUGGGACUCGUCAGAGAAGACAAGCACACUCAUGUGAAAAACCCGACCAAAUCGAAACUCAAUACUGCGGCGUUGAUCCAGGAUACGGACCAUGGAGCGAAUGGACUCCCUGCAGCAAAACAUGCGGAGGUGGUUACACAAUGAGACAACGUUACACCAUCUGUGGAAACAAAGAAGCCGAAACCGAAACUAUGUCUUGCAAUACUAACCCAGGCGUGUACUUGCCUUUCGGAGAAUGGAGCCGUUGUUCUGCUACUUGUCCCGGUGGUCAAAUGAUCAGAGUAGCCAAGCACACUUGCGGUGGAGAAGAAAAAGUUGAGGUUGGAGAAUGUGGAGGACCAGGCGGUUACGGAAUGUGGUCUACAUGGGGAUCUUGCAGCAGCACAUGCAAAGGAGAACAGACAAGAUAUCAAGUACAUUCAUGUGGUCUUACACCAAACUACGAAAAAAGAGUUUGUGGCCAAGGAGGAUCAUGGGGAGAAUACACAAGCUGGUCCCAAUGCUCUGCCAGCUGUUUCGGAGGCGUUCAAUACAGACAGAGAUACCACAGCUGCAACACCCAGGAAGAAGGUGGUAUUGAUCGGGAUGAACGUGUUUGCGGUGACGCACCAAGCUACGGACCAUGGAGCUACUGGGGACCUUGCUCGGUUUCUUGCGGCAAAGGUGUACAAAAGAGAUCAGCAGUCGGAAUUUGCGGAAAUGUUGAAAAAUAUGAGCAACGUACAUGCGGAACUAAACAAUGCUGCCAACUGUUGUCUUGGGGUCCAUGGGGUGCAUGCAGUGCCACCUGUUUCAACGGUCUUCAAGAAAGAACUAGAACUUCGACUUGCUCCAACGGCGUUCCCAUUGGCAUUGAACACAGAAACUGCAGCGGAGGAGAUGGUAUGUACAACAUGUGGUCAUCAUGGACAUCAUGUCAAAUCAUUUGCGGAGUCCAAACCAUCCAAACUCGCAGAAGAACACACACAUGUUUAACAACUGAAGAUGUAGACUCACGUGAUUGCCCAGUUGCUGUCUGCGCCAAAUGGUCACCAUGGGGACCCUGGAGUGCCUGUUCAAAAUCAUGCUAUGAAGGAUCCAAGACUCGCUCCCGAUUCUGCAUUCCCGGAACCGCAGGAGACUCUGACUGUGCCGGUGACUCAUUAGAAACAUUACCAUGCUUGAUCUCCACAGGAUCAUGGACCAACUGGGGAGGAUGGUCUUUAUGCACUAAAACAUGCAACGGUGGAACCAUGUCACGAACAAGAACACACACUUGUGGCAAAUCAAGCAUGAAAGAAACGUCAUAUUGUAACACUCAUCCAGGUGAAUGGAAAAUGUGGAGUGCAUGGAGCGUCUGCACUAAAACUUGCGGUGGUGGAUACAGAAAACGUUUCCGUGGACACACAUGCGGACAACCAGAUGAGGUACUUACUGAAGACUGCAACACACACUCUGGCGAAUACUUCAACUGGUCACAAUGGUCCGUAUGCACUCAGACAUGCGCGGGAGGAAACCGAACAAGAAUGCGCGAACACUCUUGCGGACUUCCCCCACAAGUUGUCGUUGAAUCUUGCAACACUCAACAAGGAGAAUUCUUGAUGUGGUCUGCCUGGUCAUCAUGCUCUCAAACCUGUGGAGGAGGUACUCGUACACGAUCACGAGGACACUCAUGUGGAUUAGGAAAUCAACUUGAUCAAGUGUCCUGCAACGAAGAUAUCUGCCCAUACUGGUCUGGUUGGACUGCAUGGAGCGCCUGUAGUGCCACCUGUUUGUCCGGAUCUAGAACCAGAUCUCGCGAAUGUCAAGGCGGAGUAACAGGAAUUGACGAAGGAUGCCGUGGAUCCAGAACAGAGGUUGAAGAAUGCUUUGCUGGAGAAGGUGGUUGGUCUAUGUGGAGCAUGUGGACUAUGUGCACUGCUACUUGCAACGGUGGAUUCAGAACUAGAGAGCGCACUCACUCAUGCUCAGGAAGAAUCGAAGUCACUCGUGAAGAAUGUAACACUUCCCCAGGAGUCUACACCAUCUGGUCAACAUGGAGCACUUGUUCGAAAUCGUGCGGAUCCGGAAUGAGAUUCAGAUCCCGUUCACACACUUGUGGGCUUCCAGAUGAACAGGAAACUGGAUACUGCAUUGUCACUGAAGGGUACUACCUCGAAUGGUCCCAAUGGUCUGAAUGCAGCGAAAAAUGCAACGGAGGUGUCAGAACAAGAAGCCGAUCCCACACAUGCGGUGUCAUAAGCUCUUUGGAUGAAAGUGAACAAUGCAACACCCACGCUUGUGCCUACUGGGGUGGUUGGUCUAACUAUGGACCUUGCACACUAUCUUGCGGACCAGGAUCCUUCCAGACACGUACACGUAAAUGCAUCGGUGGAAACCCAGGUGAUGGCUAUUGCUUCGAAGGCCCAAGCAGUACUGUACCAUGUGAAGAAUUGAACUGCUGUGACUGGGACUGGAGUGGAUGGAGUCAGUGUUGCAGACAAUCAAACGGAGCUCAAGUACGUCUUCGUAUGCGAGGAAACAGUUGCGGUAUGGGAUGGGAGGAACAAACCGAAAAUUGCGAACCAGGAUUCGUAACAAGAAUUUCAUGCUCGAACGACGAGAAAGUAUGGAGCGAUGAUAACGGAAGUACAUCCUAUCCAACUGCUAUGGCAUACAAGGAAUUCUAAUAUGACGAAGCCUACGAAAGAAAAUUGAAAUUGGAAGACACACGAAUAUAAACCACACUUUUUAUAUUUUUAUAACUUUUCUACAGUAUUUUUGUACUCUGAAUUUAAGACAUCGAGCCUACAUCACAAAAAUUGUCUUACACUUUACUUUAUUGUGAUGUUGAUAAGCAUUUAUUUUUCUAACUGAAUAUACAAACACGAUGUUGUUUACGUGUCUUAUGAUACUUGAAAUGUAUUUUCAAAUUAAUGUGAAUAUUUGCCAUCAAUAUUGCCAAUGAUGAAACUGCAAUAAAUAAACAUACAAAAAUAAAAUA